AUGGAGGCAUCUACUGCCAAUGUAAUUGCGGAAGCAGUGCUCGCUCAAUUCGAUAAGCUCCCCGCCAAGCGAAAACCUAAGGUUCGCGAUAAUGGCCUACAUGAAUGGGUGCCAAUAAGCGGCAUCGUGGCAGAAGAGGAUGGAGUCUUCACCUGCUUGUCGUUGGCCACGGGCAUGAAAUGCCUGCCGACAAGCAAGAUGCAAGACUGCAACGGCGUUGGUCUACACGACUGGCACGCCGAGAUUCUUGCCAUUCGCACAUUCAACCGCCAUGUCCUAGACGAGUGCGCCAGAUCUGUAGACGGCGGCUCCUCGGGUCUGGUUGAGCGGACAAGCUCGUUGGAAGACGGUACUUGGCCGUUUCGUCUGCGACAAGGCGUCAAACUUCACAUGUACGCCUCCGAAGCGCCAUGCGGAGACGCAAGCAUGGAGAACUUGAUGGCCGCACAGGAAGAUGCCUCGCCCUGGGACGCGCCCGCGCAAGCCGACACCGCGCCGCAGCUGCCCGGACGAGCCUACUUUUCCCAGCUCGGCGUCGUGCGCCGCAAACCCGCGCGCAGCGACGCGCCGCCCACGCUGUCCAAGUCGUGCUCGGACAAACUGGCCCUCAAGCAGUGCACCUCGCUGCUCGCAUCGCUCCCGUCGCUGUUUGUUGAUCCCGGCAGCGCCUACCUGGACACGUUGGUCCUGCCUGCCGACCAGUACUCUGCCGCCGCCUGCCGCCGCGCCUUCUCCGCCGCCGGGCGCAUGCGGGCCGUGGCGGCAGACGACGAGGCUACGAUGGAGGGCGGCUACCGUUUCCGCCCGUUUGCCGUGGCCACGACCACGGUCCAGUUUGCCUUUUCGCGCCGCGCCGUGCGGGCACGCUCGGACGACCGGGUCGCGGCGAGCAACCUCGCGGCCGCGUGGGCGCCGUCGACGGGGGACGAGUCGCUUCUCGGCGGCGUGGUGCAGGGUUACAGGCCGUUUCUGCCCCGCGGCGCCAGCCGCAUGGCGCGGCGUUCCAUGUGGCGGGAGUGCCGGGCGCUCGCGGCCAGGUUACCGGACUGGCCGGCGCUGGCGACGCAGCUCGCGGCCGAGACGCACGGCCAGGUCAAGCAGGGGCCGUUGCUCGCGGCGCGGAACAGGGUCAAGGCGCGCGCGAGGGAGGUUGCGCUGCCUGGCUGGAUACGAAACACGGGCGACGACACAUUUGGCAAAGAGUAG